AUGCCACCUAAGAAGAAUGCCAUUAGAAUGGACUUGAGUUCCUUUUUGGAGGACGACACGUUCAAUGACAGCUGGACUACGGAUGAAGUGGACUUGAACAACAUUACUAUUCCGAUUCAGAAUGUUGCUGCUACUAACACCAUUUCUUUGGAUGAUUUCUCUAAGACCACUGCCAAGAAGGGUGGUAACAGAUUUGGUGGUGGUGGUAAUUUGGACCCAGCUUUGAGGAAAGAGCGUGAGGAAUACCCAGUGCCAGAUUUCCCACCUUUCAAGGCCAUCAUCAACAACAUUCCAUGGGAUAUCAGCGAGGGCGGUAUCCAACAGUGGGUGGAAGAUGGUUUGAACAAGGAAGGUGCUGUGCAAGAGGUUAUGGCGCCAAGAAAUCCUGAAAACGAUAGAUUGAAGGGUAUGGCCUUUGUUACCUUCCACGAACGUGGUGAUUUGGAGAAGGCCUUGACUUUCAGUGGUACCAAGUUGAACGACCGUACCGUGUACGUUUCUGUUGCUGCGCCAAGAAACAACUUUGGUGGUCGUUCCAACUUUGACGACAUCGACUGGUCCGGUGCUAGAGGUUCCAACUUUAGAGGUGACGACAGAAGAGAGGUUGCCGAGCCAGAUUGGUCCUCAGCCAGAGGUGCCAACUUCAGAGAGUCUAGAGCUAGAGACUCUGGUCCAGAACCAGACUGGUCUUCUGCCAGAGGGUCCCACUUUAGAGAAUCUAGAGAGCCAAGAGAGCCAAGAGAAAGUGGUCCAGAACCAGACUGGUCCUCUGCUAGAGGUUCCAACUUUAGAGAAUCCAAGCCAAGAGAAGAUGUCCCAGAACCAGACUGGUCCCACGCCAGAGGUGCAAACUUCAAGGAAACGAAGCCAAGAGCCCCAGAACCAGACUGGUCUUCUGCUAGAGGCUCUCACUUCAGAGAAGCUAGAGAACCUAGAGAAUCCAAGCCAAGAGAAAGUGGCCCAGAACCAGACUGGUCUGCCGCAAGAGGUGCUAACUUCAAGGAACCAAAGCAAAGAGGCCCUGAUAUCGACUGGUCCUCUGCUAGAGGCUCCAAAUUUGGCAAAACAGCUCGCGCUGAACCAGCUCAGAAGAAGACAUACUCUCGUAGAGAAUUAACCUCUCAACAGAAGGAACCAGAAACUCCAAAGGUUGUAAAAUCUGCUUUCUCCGUAUUGUCUACAGAAGAUGACGAUGAAGAAGAGGAAGAAGAACAACCAGUACAGCAAAAAUCUACUGAAGACGAAGAUGUCCAAGAGAUUGAAAAAGCUACCGCUGAAUUGGACAUCGAACAAGGCGAUAAUGAAGAAUGGGAAACUGUUGGUAAAAAAUAA